AUGGCAGCUGGAGAAUCUCUCUCUUCUGGAAAGGCCCAGUCCCUCUUUCAAAGCUUUUGGAUAAUUAAGUCAGGUCCACCUAAGCCAAGAACCAUACAUAUUCAUCAGCACUUGAAGCAGGACUCCUUGUGGGACUGCAGUGAGAGGCUCCUCUCCUCAGCCAAGCUGACUUCUGCCCUACGACUGCUGAUGCCAGCUGCAGUGGCUGGAUUUCUCAUGUGCCUGGUUGGAAAUGGAGUCCUUGUGGUCUGGAGUUUAGGAGAAUGGAUCAGAAAAUUCAAGGGGUCCUCAUGCAGCCUCAUUGUCCUGGGCCUGGCUGCCUGCUGGUCUCUCCUGCACUGGCAGAUUCUGUUGAACUAAGCCUGUUUCCACUUUUCCAGAGCAGCCACUUGCUUUGCUGUUAUCAGUGUCCUCUGAGUCCUGGUAAGCCAGGCCAGCCUGUGGUUUGCCACUUUUCUCAGUGUCUAUUGCAAGAAGAUCACAACCUUUGAACACCAUGCCUAUUUGUGGCUGAAGCUGAGGGCCUAUAGCCUGAGUCUCUGGUGCAUUCUUGGGCACUUUAUAAUCAAUUUGUUACUAAUAGUCAAAAUUGGCUUAAAAUCCUACAGUCUUUCCCAAGGAAAUAGCAGCAUUCUAUACUCCCUUUUAAGCUGUCACUAUCUAUUUCAGCUCAAUGCAGGAAGUUGAUUGCCUUUCAAGGUAUUUCUUUUUUCUUCUGGGACUGUGAUUGUCUCUCUGUAUAGACACCACAGGAAGAGGAAGGUCCAUGCAGCUGGUAGGAGGGGUGCUUGGGCCAAGGUUCACAUCACUGCCCUGAAAAUUUGGGGCUUCUUCCUUAUACUUCUUCCUUAUACCACAUAUGUGGUUUAUAUUCUGGCUAGCCCCUUCUCCACCACCUGUGAGUCUUCUGCUAAUCUCACCCCUGUCUUCAUCUCUGAGACACUCAUGGAGGCCCCUUCUCUUCAUUCUGUCAUAUUAACCAUAUGGGUUCCUAGGGUGAAGCAGACUUGUCAGAGAAUCCUGUGGAAGACAGUGUGUACUUGGAAAUCCUUGGACCCAUGA